AUGCCCGGGGAGAGGGGCCCUCCACACCCCCUCCGUGGGUGUGUGGUGAGUGUGGGUGUGUGUGCCAUGGAUGAUUUUGCCCUGGGAGAUUUCACUGUAGUAGAUGAUGCCUUGUUAGAAGAUUGCCCUUAUGUGGACGAUUGUGUCCUUGCUCCUGAAUUUAUGUCCGAUGAUUGUGUUCGCGUGACUCAACUUUACUGCAAUGGGGUGGGGAUGCAGUAUAAAGAUUUUACCCAAAGUGAGAGAAACUUAGAAUUUGAUAUCUGCAAUAUGUGGUGUAGUAAACCAGUUUCUGUCCUGCAAGAUUACUGUGAUGCCAUUAAAAUACACAUCUUCUGGCCACUUCUGUUUCAACGUCAGCACAGUUCUGUAAUAUCAAGGUUGCAUCCUUGUGUGGAGGCUGGCAGUUCUCAUGCUUCUGAGAUAAGUUUGAAGAAAUUACAACAUCUAGAAUUGAUGGAAGAUAUUGUGGAUUUGGCAAAGAAAGUUGUGAACGAUUCAUUCUUUAUUGGAGGCUUAUUGAGAAUUGGUUAUAAAAUAGAAAAUAAAAUCUUGGCAAUGGAAGAAGCUUUGAAUUGGGUGAAAUACACAGGUGAUGUAACAAUUCUACCUAAAUUAGGAGCGGUUGACAAUUGUUGGCCUAUGUUAAGUAUUUUCUUCACUGAAUACAAGUAUCACAUAACUAAAGUCAUAACAGAAAACUGCAAUUUGCUUGAAGAAUUUAAAACUCAAAAUUGUGUGGAGUGUAUAGAGCAAGGAGAACUAAUGAAAAUGAAAGGAAAUGAAGAGUUUUCAAAAGAAAGAUUUGAUAUAGCUAUUAUCUAUUACACCAGAGCCAUUGAAUAUAGACCUGAAAAUCACCUUCUUUAUGGUAACCGAGCUCUUUGUUUUCUUCGCACUGGACAGUUUAGAAAUGCACUUGGUGAUGGAAAGAGAGCCAUUAUUCUAAAGAGCAAUUGGACAAAGGGUCAUUAUCGUUAUUGUGCUGCUCUUUCUAUGCUGGGGGAAUAUGACUGGGCCCUGCAAGCAAACAUAAAAGCUCAAAAACUCUGUAAAAAUGACCCUGAGGGAAUCAAGGAUCUAAUUCAGCAGCAUGUAAAGUUACAAAAACAAAUAGAAGACCUGCAAGGUCGAACACCAGCUAGGAAUACAAUUAAAGCUUUUUAUGAAAGCAGGGCCUACAUACCUAGUUUAUCAGCACCUGCAUUUAGUACUUCACUUAACUUCGUGGAAACUGAAAAAGAUUCCAGAAAAACUAACCACGAAAUGGCAAACGGUGGUAAUCAGAAUCUAAAGGUGGUAGAUGAAGCUUUGAAGGUAGAUGAUUGUGACUGUCAUCCUGAAUUUCUACCACCAUCAAGUCAGCCUCCAAAAUAUAAAGGAAAACAAAAAUCUCGAAACAAUGAAUUGGAGAAGUUCAGUUCUACUUCACAGGGGAGUUUACCAGUAGAUUUGAAAAACAUCUUGGAAAAACAGUUUUCUAAAUCUUCCAGAGCUGCACACCAGGAUUUUGCUAAUAUAAUGAAAAUGCUGAGAAGCUUAAUCCAGGAUGGUUACACGGCUUUGCUCGAGCAGCGCUGUCGCAGUGCCGCGCAGGCCUUCACGGAGUUGCUCAAUGGUCUAGAUCCUCAAAAAAUAAAGCAAUUGAACCUGGCCAUGAUUAACUAUGUCUUAGUAGUCUACGGACUUGCUAUUUCUCUCCUUGGGAUAGGACAGCCGGAGGAAUUAUCUGAAGCUGAAAACCAGUUUAAGAGGAUGAUUGAACACUAUCCCAAUGAGGGACUUGAUUGCUUGGCCUACUGUGGAAUUGGAAAAGUAUAUUUGAAAAAGAACAGAUUUCUAGAAGCUCUUAAUCAUUUUGAGAAAGCAAGAACCUUGAUUUGUCGCCUUCCUGGAGUGUUAACUUGGCCCACAAGUAAUGUGAUUAUUGAAGAGACUCAACCAGGGAAAAUAAAGAUGCUGUUAGAGAAGUUUAUUGAAGAAUGCAGGUUCCCUCCAGUGCCAGAUGCCAUUUGUUGCUAUCAGAAGUGCCGUGGAUAUUCUAAAAUCCAGAUAUAUAUAACUGAUCCAGACUUUAAGGGUUUUAUACGAAUCAGCUGCUGCCAGUACUGUAAAAUAGAAUUUCACAUGAACUGUUGGAAGAAAUUGAAAACAACAACUUUUAAUGAUAAAAUUGACAAGGAUUUUCUGCAAGGAAUUUGUCUUACCCCUGACUGUGAAGGAAUCAUUUCUAAGAUUAUCAUUUUCAGCAGUGGUGGUCAAGUUAAAUGUGAAUUUGAACACAAGGUCAUAAAAGAAAAGGUUCCUCCAAGACCUAUUCUGAAACAGAAAUGUUCUAGCCUAGAGAAGCUAAGACUGAAAGAAGACAAAAAAUUGAAGAGAAAGCUCCAAAAAAAAGAAGCAAAAAAAUUAGCACAAGAAAGGAUGGAAGAGGACUUAAGGGAAAGUAAUCUGCCCAAAACUGAAGAGCAGAAAGAAACUAUAGACAGUGUUCAGAGUUGCCAGUUCCUUGAUGACAGAAUUCUGCAGUGCAUAAAGCAGUAUGCUGACAAGAUAAAAUCUGGUAUUCUGAACACUUCCAAGCUUCUCAAAGAAUUGCUUUCUUGGAAGGUUUUAAGCACAGAAGACUACACAACCUGUUUUUCUAGCAGAAAUUUUUUAAAUGAAGCGGUGGACUAUGUCAUUCGUCACUUGAUUCAAGAGAAGAACAGAGUAAAGACCAGGAUAUUUCUGCAUGUUUUGAGCGAGCUUAAAGAAGUGGAGCCCAAAUUAGCUGCCUGGAUCCAGAAACUGAACAGCUUUGGUUUAGAUGCCACGGGACCUUUUUUUUCUCGUUAUGGAGCAUCUCUUAAGGAGCUUGAUUUUAGCAUCAUGACUUUUCUCUGGAAUGAGAAAUACGGUCAUAAACUAGCCUCUAUAGAAGGAAAGCAACUUGAUUAUUUCUGUGAGCCAACAUCAUUGAAGGAAGCACGAUGUUUAAUAUGGCUGCUAGAAGAACACAGAGACAAAUUCCCAGCGUUGCAUAAUGCUUUAGAUGAAUUCUUUGAUAUAAUGGGUACUUUAACAGUAUCAUGGCAAAGGUUGCAUAUUAAGUGGACAGAAUUUAUUAACAGCCGCUGUACUGUAUUAAGGAAACAAGACAGUGGUGAUGUGCCGUUUAAUUCUGCCAAGAUAAAAAAUAAAGGCAAGAAAAAGAAGCCAAAAGAUUCAAAGCCUAUGUUAGUGGGGUCUGGAACAUCUUCAGUAACCCCAAAUAAUGAGACUAUCACUUCAGGUGAAGACCACAACAGACGCAAUCCAAAUUCUGCAGGCCCAUUUGUGGUACCUGACCACCUUCGGCAAGAUGUAGAAGAAUUUGAAGCUAUCUAUGAACAGCACAGCAGUGAAUAUGUUGUCCGUAAUAAGAAGCUGUGGGACAUUAACCCAAAACAAAAAUGUUCAACGCUGUAUGAUUAUUUCUCUCAGUUGUUGGAAGAGCAUGGUCCCUUGGACAUGAAUAAUAAAAUGUUCUCUGAAGAAUAUGAAUUCUUCCCAGAAGAAACUCGGCAAAUACUAGAAAAAGCCGGAGGUUUGAAAUCUUUUCUCUUGGGAUGUCCUCGUUUUGUUGUGAUUGACAACUGUAUUGCAUUGAAGAAAGUUGCAUUACGGCUUAAGAAAAAGAGAAAGAAGAAAAACAUUAAGACAAAAGUGGAAGAAAUUUCAAAAACAGGGGAGUAUUUACGAGUUAAACUACCACUGAAUCCAACCGCAAGGGAUUUUAAACCAGAUGUAAAGUCCAAACCAGUGUCUGAGUUAUCUUCAGCACCAGCUUCUGAGGACGUGAAGCCCAAACCUGUAUCUGCUAAUUCUCCCCAACCAACCUGUGAAGCUGUGAACCCGAAACCAGUGUCUGAUAAUUCUUCUAGAUCAGUUUCUGAGGAUGAGAAGCCCAAGGAGGUCUCUUUUGAUUCUCCCACAUCAGUGUCUGAGGAUGCCGGUCACAAGCAAGUAUCCUGUAAUUCUCCCAAACCAGCCUCUGAGGAUGUGAAACCAACCUACUGGUCUCAACCCCAUUUGGUCACAGGAUACUGUACAUACCUCCCCUUUCGGGGAUUUGACAUUACCCAGACACCACCAACAUAUAUGAACGUGUUACCCAGUUUGUCCCAGUACACUAACAUUUAUACACCUCUAGCCAAUGUUCCUUCUGAAUAUCAGCUGCAAAGAUCAGUACCAGUGGCGCCAUCCUUUGUAGCCAGUGACAGACCAGAUGAAAGUGCUGCUGUAUAUUUUGAGGGUCCUCAUUUGAAUGCUGAGAAUACUCCUCCUGGUAACGAGAUUGCUCCUAAAACACAGAUCCUUCAGGAAUCUUUGGAAGUAUCAGUAAAGACACAGUGCAGCAUGAAUGGUGACGGUACAGCCCUCAGUGGGUCUAACAGCCAUGAAGGUCACUGUGGAAAUUCUGCCAACAAGUGGGAAGUAAAUCUAGAAAGUACCGACGAAGUAACAAAUAUUCCACAUACACAAAUGGCUGCUAUACAGGUGUCUUGGAAUAUAACACAUCAAGAGGUCAAUACUGAGCCAUAUGAUCCUUUUGAGGCACAACAGGGAGAUCUUUCACAGAUUGAGAAGGAAUACCAGGUUUUACAAGAGCAGCUUAAGGAAGCAUGUGAAAAUUAUGAGCAGAUUAAACUCAAGGUCUCGGAAGAGACCAAGGACAUGGAAGAAAAGUUGAAAAGGAACUCAGAAGAAAACAAGAUAUCAAAGACAGAAUUAGAUUGGUUCCUUGAAGAUUUGGAAAAGGAAAUUAAAAAAUGGCAACAAGAGAAAAAAGAAAUCCAAGAAAAUCUAAAAGCACUAAAGAAGAAAAUGAAAAAGGUUCUAAAUGCCAACGAAACGUAUACCCAGAAAAAUGAUGGAAAGGAUAAGGAACAUGAAUUACUUCUGGAUCAGUCCCUCGAAAUCAGUGAUACAUUUACAAAUGAGGAAAUGAAAAUAGGAGAGUGCAUAAAGAAAGGGAAAGAGAAUUAUGAAGAGAGUCUUCAAAGAGCAGUGGCUGCAGAGGUAUCUGUGCUUGAAAACUGGAAGGAGACAGAAGUGUACAAAUUACAGAUCAUGGAAUCACAAGCAGAAGCGUAUCUGAAGUACCUGAAGCUCCUGAGCAGUGAUUCUGCAGCAUAUCCUGAUACGGAGUCUGAUGUACAUUCAUGGGAAUCAUUUCUUUGUAAGGUUGGAAAAGAAAUUGAGAAAGCAAAGUCUCAAUUUGAAGAACAAAUUCAAGCAAUUAAAAAUGGCUCUCGGCUCAGUGAACUUUCUAGAGUGCAGAUUCCUGACCUUUCACUUCCUGUCUGUAGCACAAUUCCUCCUAAGUUACUUCCCGAGUCUUCAAGCCAUGACGAUCACGGAACUGCUGCUGCCAACACUUCUGCAGAUCGUGGGACUGGAAACCAAACAACAGGUCCCAAGGAUUCAAGUCUGGUCUCCGCCAGCGAUGGCCCAGUGGGGGCUUCCUCUUCUCCAUUGUCGGGAUCGCUCUCCUGUCAGCCUGGAGUCACCCAGCUGCCAGAGUGUAAGAGCACGGGCCAGGAAACUCUGUCAAAACAAAGCCUUGUGGCUGAUCAGAAACUACCAGGACGUGCUACUCGGUCAAGCCAGUCUCCAAAAAAGCCGUUCAAUAGUAUUAUUGAGCACCUGUCAGUGGUAUUCCCAUGUUACAACAGCACUGAGCUUGCUGGUUUUAUUAAAAAAGUGCGAAACAAGAACAAGAACUCACUGUCAGGAUUGAGUAUUGAUGAAAUUGUCCAAAGAGUGACAGAACACAUUCUAGAUGAACAGAAAAAGAAAAAGCCAACUUCAGGAAAGGACAAGAGGUUGUCUGAGCCCAGCUCUGCUGCUACUGUGACCAAUGCCUCCCAGGGCCCAUCCUCCCUGACUGCUGGACCGUUGCCCAAAACCAAGGGACAGAAGGCAGAAGAUAUCCCUGUGAGUAUUGCACCGGGUGCAGCUUCCUGUGAAAUAUGCCAUGAGGUAUUCAAAUCCAAAAAUGUGCGUGUACUAAAAUGUGGGCACAAGUUUCACAAAGGGUGCUUUAAGCAGUGGCUGAAAGGGCAGAGCACUUGCCCGGCCUGCCUUGAUCAGGAUCUCCUGUAA